AUGCUAGAGAGGUCUGCUAUCUCGGAUAUCUUCCGGGGACAAGUGGCCUACCUGUUGGAGUGCCCCGGUCAGAAGGACUCCCUCACCCUACAGCCCUUUAUCACUGUUCAGCUAGACGUUCAGCACCAAUCGGUGACUUCGGCCCAGGAAGCACUGAGGAGGUUCGUAGCAAGGGAAGCUGUCACCAACUAUACCAACUCCUCGAAAAUCAAGGUCGACGCCACAAAACGUACCUUGUUUGACGUUCUACCAAAAGUUCUUGUACUGCAUUUUAAGUGGUUUAAGUACGAUGCCAAAGGAGGACUGCUUAAAAACACUAAGCAGUUUUAUCUGGAUGAAUGUCUCGAGAUACAAGAUGACUUAAUGACCCCGCAUUCGAGUAGAAGGAUGGCAGCCCACAUGAAGAAGUACGAGCUGUUCGCUGUGGUAACGCACAUCGGCUCGCAAGCCGUCGGUGGCCAUUACUACACUGACGCCUUCCACAAGGGCUACAUGCAGUGGCUGAGGUACGACGACGAGAAGAUACAUAAGGUUUGUUUUCUAUGGGAUGGUGGCUUCAUUGUUUGUUUGGUUGGUUGGUUGAUCGAUCGAUUGUUCGUUUGA